UCAUCCCCUCCACGAUCUAGAAUAAAGAAAAGGGACCCCGACGUCUUCGACUCGACUUGUCUCGUCUCACUCCGAGUUAUCUCCUUGAGUCGAGAGCCCCUCCCCUCUUCAGUCUGAGGACGAUAGCUCUUAAUCGAUAAGAGAGAGCGACAAGCCAGCUUUGAGCUAACUGCCCUUUCCAGUAUUGCAUCUCUCCUCCUCUUCCAGUCAAUCAUCGACGAUUCGACAGUUCAAGUACCCCCCGACGAUAUCCGUCCAACUUCGAGUCUACAACUUUCUCAAUUCACAUAUUACGAAUAAACGCGAAUCAUUGAACCAUUAAGAUAGCUCCCACCGUCCGUCGCAAUGGACAAGAUCACCGAUCGCAUCGCUGCUCUGCCAGCUGAUGGCACAUACUUCUCUCUCGAAUUCUUCCCGCCCAAGACCGCCAUGGGCUUCUCCAACUUGCGAGACCGUCUUCACCGAAUGGAGCGUGCCCUUCGACCGCUCUUUGUGAAUGUCACUUGGGGUGCGGGUGGCAGUACAUCCCAAAAAUCACUUGAAUUGGCCGAGUUGUGUCAGAGAGAGGUUGGAUUUACAACUUGCCUGCACCUGACAUGCACCAAUAUGAGCAAGAAACUGAUCGAUGAGGCGCUUUCAGAUGCGAAAGCACUGGGAAUCAGAAACAUUUUGGCCCUGCGAGGUGAUCCCCCACGAAGAGAAGAAUACCGUGACCCAGAAGAUUCUGAGGAUGACGGAGGCCAGGACUUCAACUGGGCUGUUGACCUGGUCAGAUAUAUCCGCAAGACACACGCAGACUACUUCUGUAUUGGUGUCGCAGCUUACCCCGAGGGACAUGCCGAAGAGAGCCAUCCUCUCGGGCAAAGCUUGGAGCAUGAUCUUCCUUACCUUGUGCAAAAGGUGCAGGCUGGUGCCGACUUCAUCCAAACCCAGCUUUUCUUCGACAUUGAAGCAUACGAGCACUUCGAGACCACUCUACGAGAACACCCCAGCGGUGCCUUUAAGGGCAUUCCCAUUAUUCCAGGACUUAUGCCCAUCCAGAGCUACCAGAUGAUCAAGCGCACAACCAAGCUAAGCCAUGCCAAAAUUCCAGACCAUCUCCUCGCACGCCUCGACGAUGUCAAAGGUGAUGAUGAACGUGUAAAGAUGGUCGGCGUGGAUAUCGUCAGUGAAUUGAUAGACAAAAUCAAGACCAUCAAGUCCAAGACACCGGGUCCAAAAGGCUUCCACUUUUACACGCUCAACCUGGAGAAGGCCGUAUCCUUCAUCCUGGAGCGGGCGAAUCUCAUCCCUGACCCUCCAGAGAACGAAGAAGCCAUCGCAGUGGACGAACUAGCCAUUCCCUCGCUACAGAUCAAUGGCAGCGCCAACAUGCGUUCUAGCAGCCACUCCCGCUCCCGGCAGUCAAGAAGACAUUCUUCUGUUGCCUCAGACCCCCACAAUCGUGUGAUUGUUGGUGAUAGGCCAGCGAUAUAUCCUGAAUGGGAGGCUACUGGACAGGAGGCCGGCGUGCGUGCCGAAGCAAUCAAUACCCGUGCAAACACUCUCGCCAUUUCGGAGGGCGAAGGCGUUUUGGGCCGUGAGGCGACAUGGGAUGACUUUCCUAACGGUCGUUUUGGCGACGCCCGAUCCCCCGCCUAUGGUGAGAUUGACGGAUACGGCGUAAGCCUCCAUAUGUCUGUAACACAGGCUGUCAAACUUUGGGGUUACCCCAAGACACGGCAGGAUAUCAACGACCUGUUUGUCAAGCAUAUUCGGGGAGAGCUCUCCGCCAUCCCCUGGAGUGAGGAGGAGCUUCGGGCUGAGAGUUCAACUAUUCAACCUAACCUCCUGCAACUCAAUCGCAAGGGCUGGUGGACUGUCGCUUCGCAGCCUGCCGUCAAUGGCUUGCGAUCCAGCGACGGCACCUUUGGCUGGGGUCCACCCAACGGAUUUGUCUUUCAGAAGUCGUUCGUCGAAUUCUUCAUCCCCGCCAACGAAUGGGACACUCUCAAGGCUAAGCUCGCAUCGCCGGAGCUGCAAGACUCUGUAUGCUUCUACGCCAGCAACGCACGCGGAGAUUAUCUCUCAUCGGACAACAGCGAUCACGUGAACGGUUCGACGGAAGCCGGUCCGUCUACGAAUGCCGUGACAUGGGGUGUGUUUCCCGGAAAGGAGAUCAUCACGCCUACUAUUAUUGAGGAGGUUAGUUUCCGAGCUUGGAGCGAGGAGGCGUUUGGAAUUUGGGGUGAAUGGGCCAAGGUGUACGGCCGGGGUUCUGAGAGUGAGAAACUUUUGAGUGGCAUCAAGGAUGAUUAUUGGCUGGUCAACGUGAUUCAUCAUGACUUUGUGGAAAAAGAUGCCUUGUGGCAGCUUUUGUUAAGUUGAGCAACAUGUCUAUCCUAAGAGACGUAGACAUGUCAAUGAAAAAGCAAGUCAAAAUCAAGCAACUCCUGAGCGAGGCCAUUCUCAUGCGAGCCACGAAAUACUACUGAAUCCACGACAACAUGUCAAGGCAAUUCGAUACUCAACUUGGAAAAGAUCACUCGGAUCAGAGCCUCAAGCAAGACAAGACAUACUCAAUAUGAUCUUGCCAGAUAAUUGCUGUCCUGCACCUAAUACACUUGUUUUUAGCAUAUCAUAGUAUUUAUGCUAUAAUGGUUAUGUCACAGCCAUAAAUUACAGGGCACCACCUUUUAAGACUCACGCUGUUUAUUGAAGUGAGCACCAUAGCUAGCUAGAACUCAUACAUGCCCCAUACUAUUCAUGCCCAAAUGAACCCUUACUAAC